AUGGGAUCCAACCGCGUCGACGUAGUUGGCUGCGCGGAAGCGGAAGGAAGCAUGAAGGCGCUCGCUUCCCUGCGGACAUUGUGCUUGGCUUUUCUGUUUGGCGUAACCGUUACAUUAGGGCAGCAAUUGCUGUUGUGCUCUAAAGCAGCCUUGGCCCGCCCUUUAGGCGAUGGGAUGGGUGACGACCAGUCUGUUGUUCAACCGAUGGUUUCUCGUAGCACUGUCGCAAACACAGCCAAGCAUGAACCUGAUACGUUUGUUACAGAGAGGCGUCGAGCAGGAGCGACAGCCAUGAGAACUGCAGGUCCAACCUCCAGUAAAUCGAACGCACAAACAUCGGCAGCCGCUUGGGUGGAGACGGAAGAGAAUAAUUAUCCUGUUUCAGCGGCUCCUUCAGAGAAAGGGAUGGACAGCCUUCUUGGCCUCAUCUCCGACCGCGAAUAUAAUUCCCCAAGUCCUAAUCUUGUCAACGAUGGCAGAGAGUUUGCCAAACAAUUCGAGGAUUCUGAUGAGCAGUUCCCCUUGGAGCAGCAGGUGACUGCUGACCUCACACCCGAACAAGCAAGAGCGCAGAUGCUAGAAAACAACUUGGAUGAGCUGAGGUCGAUGCUCGAAGACCCUGCACUACAUGUGGCUGUCAACGGUAGGGAACAAAUUUCACGAAUGCUUUGUGGAGUUGCUUAG